AUGAUACUAGACCCUGACAUUACGGCUAGCGUGAAAGGUUCCUUUGAACAAGCGCCCGAGGAACACGAUCAUGGCGAUGACUGUUACGAACAGCAAACGAAUGAAUCGAAAACAGGUAAAAAAAGAUUGGCGUGUUCCAAUUGCAGAAGGAGGAGGAAAAAAUGUGAUUUGACUUAUCCAUGCGGGAAUUGCCAACGAUUGAAACUAGAGUGUAAUAUAAAUGAAGAAGAUUUGAGGAAAAAAAGGUAUGCGACGUCUUAUGUCAAAUCGCUAGAAGCACAUAUUGCAUACCUCGAGAGCUCUCUGAAAACUCUUGUUGAUAAAGUAUAUCCUGACGAACCAGAAAGGUUGAAUAGCAUGAUGAUAGGAGACGUAGCUUCGAGUUUUAUCGGUAGUAGGUAUUCAAAGAAAGUGGCAACACCUGAUAAUGGAUCUUUGAAUAUCAAGAAUUCGACCUCAUUGUUAAAACUUGAUAACGACGAUGUACUAAUAAAACCAAAGACGAUCUCAAAUAUGAUUUCAAACCUAAAAAGUGGUUCAGAGACUAAGAAGGCAUUUGUUAAGGGCAGUUAUUAUCCUGAGGGUCCAAUUUCACAUAAAUCAAAAACAUUAUCUCUAGCACCAUUUUCACCAGUUACUACCUCAUCUACCAGAUCUUCAACUCCAUCAGUAGAGAAAGAACACAAGAAAAACGGGACUAUAGAAAGGAUCCGGGACUUGCAUACAACUGUUAUUGUACGUACAAUGAAAAACGAUGGCACUCAUCAUCUCAGCAAUGAUGCGAAUAUAAUAAGAUCAUUAUCGAACUUCUACAAAUUUCUUUACCCAGGCCAUUUCAUCUUUCUUCACAGGGAAAGUUUCCUGUAUGGAUUCUUCAACCACUAUGAAAAUAACUAUGAGGAUUCACAUUACUGUUCUAUCGAGUUGAUAUACGCAAUGUGUGCCGUUGGAAGUAGGCUAUCAAGUGAUACUCGAGAGUACUCUGAAACAUACUAUGAGAAAAGCAAAAAUUCGCUAUUACAAACAGUCUUCGACGAGCAGAGUGUCGCGAAGAUCACCACAGUGCAAGCAUUACUGUGUCUAGCUUUUUACGAGCUAGGGAGAGGUGAUAAUCAAAAUGGAUGGUAUUUCUCCGGAUUGGCGAUUCGAGUUGGCUACGAAAUGGGGUUCCAGUUGGAUCCCGAGGUCUGGAUCACCGAAGACAUCGACGCAGAAAGCAAAAUGAAUCUCACGAAGAGCGAGCUUGAAAUAAGAUCAAGAAUCUACUGGGGCUGCUAUAUAGCUGAUCAUCUGAUAUGCCUGCUGCUGGGGCGCACAUCGACGCUAAGUGUCUCAAACUCCACAAUCCCCCAGUCUGACGAGCUGCCGGAGGUGGAAGGUACCGAAGAGUUCCGAUUCGAAAGUCUCCACGUCCUGCAGAUUUCUCUGCCCUUGAAAAACCUGAUAAUUCUGUCCAGAAUUGUCCAGAUUUUCACCUCCAAGAUAUUCAUCGAAACGCACCACACCGAAGAAAAAGUCGUUUAUCUCAUCAAGUUCAAUCUAAAGGUCUACAACUGGAGACAGUCCUUGCCUGACCUUCUGAAGUGGUCCAAGGGGCUCCUCAAGGACAUCGACGUCAGCACAGACCCCACCAUUUCGUAUUUUUGGUACUACUACUAUAUCGUGCGCCUCACGUUCAACAAGCCCUUCAUAGAGGAUUGCGAAGAGUCCAAGACCGUCGUGCAGGAAAUCCUGGGCGAAUUGAAAACCUUGUUCAACAAUUUCAAGGCCAAAUUUAACGGUUUCCAGAACGCCACCAUGUUUCAGUUGUACGCGUGUCUGCUUGCCAUCAAGUCUCUCAAGAAACUGCAGAGUCUGGAAAGAGAAGAACAGGAUUACCACCGCGACCACGACAAGUGGGAAAAAGAACUGAAAUUCUUCCAAGACGUGUUCUACAACGAGCUCUCCCCAGCCUACGAGCUGCCAAAAAGACUACAGGAGGACACGGACUUCAAUAUUGACCAGGAAAAGCAGGCUGUGACCCAGAUCAGCAAUAUCAACUACACACACGAUUUUUCCUUGAGUAAUGAGAUCGACGAUCUGAUCAAAGAGCUCUUUGGCAUCGAGAACAUAGUAGCGCCACAAUGA